UCAGGCACUCCCAGCCUUGCCUCGGGUGUAGGGAUUGCAUAGGAAAAUUAAAACUACACCCAGACCACAGCCUGCGUGUAGUUUUGUUUCCUUUUAGUAAGAGGUAUACCCAUUCUCUCGUUGGAUUGUUGGAAAAUAUCUGGAUAAGGAGGCAGGUUCCAAACCUAUAUUCAUAGGGCUUGGCCCUUUUAUUUAGGCACUCUUGAAAACUCAGAGUGCCUACAAAAAUGACCACCCAAGCUCCGACCUUCAUACAACCGCUUCAAAGCGUUGUGGCACUAGAGGGUAGUGCCGCAACCUUUGAAGCACAAGUUGCCGGUCAGCCUAUUCCUGAGGUGAGCUGGUUCAGGGAUGGCCAGGUCCUGUCCGCUACCAUUCUGCCAGGCGCCCAGAUCUCCUUCAGCAACGGCCGCGCGAAGCUGACGAUUUCUGGAGUGACGCCUGUGCACAGCGGCAGAUUCUCUGUGCGAGCCACCAAUGGAUCAGGUCAAGCAACAAGUACAGCAGAGCUGCUGGUCACAGCAGAAACUGCGCCUCCGAACUUUACACAAAGACUACAAAGUAUGACUGUUAAACAAGGAUCCAAAGUGAGAUUGGAUGUCCGAGUCACUGGAAUCCCUACACCUGUGGUGAAGUUUCACAGGGAAGGAGCAGAAAUCCAGAGUUCUCCAGACUUCCAAAUUGUCCAAGAUGCUGAUUUAUACAGCUUAAUCAUAGCCGAAAUUUAUCGGGAGGAUUCUGGAACCUUCUCUGUAACUGCCACAAACAACGUUGGACGUGCCACUUCGACGGCAGAGUUGCUCGUCCAAGCUGAUGAAGAUGUUGUACCUGCCAAAAAGACAAAGACAAUCGUAUCUACUGCUCACAUUUCCGAGGCAAGGCAAUCCCGAGUUGAAAAGAAAAUGGAAGCUCACUAUGAAGAGAAAUCUUCUGGAACUGUCGAAAUGGUGGUCGGUGGCAGGCUGGUGGUGCAGCACUUGCACCAUAAGACACCUCCACGUGUUCCACCAAAGCCCACGUCCAUGUCGCCCACGCCCACAACUGCUGUUGGCAAAGUGCAAGCUGCCCGCCAACAAUCCCCAUCUCCCGUCCGCCAUGUCAGAGCACCAGGACCUUCACCUGUUCGCUCUGUGUCUCCAGCUGGAAGACUCUCCACGUCACCUAUCAGGUCCGUUAAAUCGCCCCUCUUGAUGCGCAAGUCUCAGACGGUGUCAGCGACCGCCACCUCAGAAUCGUUACCUCCUUGGAAGCAGGAAGAUUACGUUUCCGCAAGCGAAUCGAGGAUGAGAGAAAGCAGGCUGACCACAACAACAAGUAGCACUCAGAUACACAGAGAAGAAAAGUGGGAGGGGAGAUACGGUUUGCACGGACAGACGUUCAUCACCGGAGUGGCUGGGGCUGGAGGAGGAAUUGCCAUGGCUGAAGGAAUUUCCAUGGCUGCUGGUGCUGCUAGUUCUGCUGGUGGUGCUCGGAUUGGCGGUGGUUUCAGUUCUACCAGUAUUAGCGGUGGUGGAGGUGGUUUCAGUGCUACCAGUAUUAGCAGUGGUGGUGGUGGUUUCAGUGCUACCAGUAUUGGUGGUGGUGUCAGUGCUGCCAGUAUUGGUGGUGGUGUCAGUGCUGCCAGUAUUGGUGGUGGUGUCAGUGCUGCCAGUAUUGGUGGUGGUGUCAGUGCUGCCAGUAUUGGUGGUGGCGUCAGUGCUACCAGUAUUGGUGGUGGUGUCAGUGCUACCAGUAUUGGUGGUGGUGUCAGUGCUACCAGUAUUGGUGGUGGUGUCAGUGCUACCAGUAUUGGUGGUGGUUUCAGUGCUACCAGUAUUGGUGGUGGUUUCAGUGCUACCAGUAUUGGUGGUGGUGUUGAUGGUGGUGGCGUCAGUGCUGCCAGAAUUGGCGGUGGAGGUGGUGGUGUCAGUGCUGCCAGCAUUGGCGGUUCUGUCGGUUCUGCUGGUGCUAUCAGAACCACUACUGUAUCCAUGGUUUCUGGAGGUGUCCGAACGACUGAAGUAUCAGGAGCUGCCAGGGCUGCUGGGCUUUCCAUGACGGCUGGAGGUGUCCGAGUUGCUGGAGUCACCAUGGUCGAUGGAGCUACUGAAAUAUCCAGAGCUUCCGGUGCUGGUGCUGGUGUUGGCGCUGUGGUUGCCGGCAAAGAGAUUGAGGUUGGCAAAAAGGCUGAAGCUGUGGCUAAAGUAUUGGCUGCUGUGGAUCAGGCACGUACUAGACAACCUGUGUAUGCUGAAGGAGUGCGCACAGAGGAGACAUCUUUGGAGUAUGACUAUGCACAGAGCGGUGUAUCACGCACCACUCAGCUUCUCGCUGCAAAACCAACUGCCCCUGCCAAGCAACAAGUUGUCACCACAACUGUCAGAAAAGAGACAGUUAUUGUGCCAACUCCUACAAAAAUUUCCUUUGGCGAACAUGCUGAAACACGCAUUUCACAGAUUGAAAGAACAUCUGAAUCCACAGCACAUCUGGACCACAAACUUUGCAGUAGCCCAAUUCCUCACUUCACUGUUUCAAAAAUCACUGUAGCCAAACCAGAACCAAUCCAAGAGGUUUCUAUAGCAGGAACUGCAUUGGUUACUCUGGAAAAAGAAUUGGCUGCAUCUUCUGCCCUGAAGGUUACCAAGGCAGUGAAACCUCCACUGUUAAAAGAGGCCAGAUACGUGACAGAGGGCAGCGUCUCUCCCCAGCCUCCUUUCAGAGAACGAACGGACAUGUAUGAGACACGUGUUGAUUCUCAAAGGCUCAGACAUCUAGAUUUAAGUGUUUCAGCCUCACACAAAGCUGAGCUUGAAGUCGAAGAUCACUACAGAGCAGAAGUCCAGGUCACAGAACCAGUUGCUGUGGCUGUUCCAAUAGAGGUUCCGCUUACAUCACCAAGCAUAGUUUGUGGUUUGAAAAAUAUGACUGUGGUAGAAGGUGAAUCUGUGACCCUAGAGUGUGAGAUCUCGGGACACCCGACCCCAGCAGUGAUGUGGUUCAGAGAGGACUAUCGCAUUGAAAACUCCAUUGACUUCCAAAUCAUCUUUGAAGCGGGCGUUGCCCGUCUCACAAUCAGGGAGGCCUUUGCAGAAGAUAGUGGCCGCUUCACAUGCACCGCCACGAAUGAAGCUGGCACCAUCAAUACCUCUUGCUAUCUUCUUGUUCAAGUUUCAGAAGAGAUUGAAAGCAGAGAGGAAAGUUUCGUUGCGACUGAACAAAUCACUGCCGAAGGGAAAAGGGUUGAAAUGAGGGUGGAAAUUACAGAGCCCAGUACUAAACCUGAAUCAGCUGAUGCUGUGCCUGGAACCGCUCCGUUCUUUAUCAGGAAUCCAACAGUGCAAAAGCUGAUUGAAGGUGGAAGUGUCAUUUUCGAUUGUCAAAUUGGUGGCAGCCCCAAACCACAUGUUUACUGGAGAAAAGCUGGAAUUCCACUAACUACCGGUUACAGAUAUAAAGUGGGUACAACAAGGAAACUGGAGAAUGCCAGCUGGAGAUCUCCAUGACCUUUG